AUGGCUCGCACACACAUGUACCUUGUAAAAGUUGGAGUGGAUCCAAGGAGGCUACGAUUCAGACAACAUUUAGGAAAUGAGAUGGCUCAUUAUGCGCAGGACUGCUGGGAUGCGGAGAUUUUGACUAGUUACGGAUGGAUCGAAUGUGUUGGUAAUGCUGACCGGUCUUGCUAUGAUCUUACGCAACAUUCCAAAACCACAAAUGUUAAGCUUACCGCUGAGAAGAAAUUGCCUGAACCAAAAUCUGUGAAUGUUGUGGAAGCAGCGCCGAACAUGGCCGUAUUAGGUAAAGAAUUCAAGAAGGAUGCCAAGAGGAUACAAGCAGCUCUUGCACAACUGCCUGAAGAUCAAGUAGAAGCUUUGGAAAAGGAGCUGAAGGCCAACGGUUCAUACAAGCUAAAAGUUGACGCUGACGAGUUCAAGUUGACUGCAGCUAUGAUAACUGUGAAACGAACUACUAAAAUGGUCCAUGUGGAGGAGAUCACACCUUCUGUAAUUGAACCUUCCUUUGGUAUUGGACGCGUCAUGUACUCAUUCCUGGCCCUCCGACCGUUAGUAGCGCCAAUCAAGUGCUCCAUUCUUCCUAUCUCAGCGAAUGAGAGACUUAAUCCAAUUAUCGAAGCAGCACGAGAAGAGCUGGCUCGUUAUGAUCUCACCUACCGUGUG